GUCAUGCUGGAACCCUUCUUCGAGCACUGCCGUGCGUUGGUGCAAGACGACUUUGCAGCCGCCUCACUGAUGCGUCUGCCUGUUCUUGAGCUCUUGAAAGGAAACCUACAGGACUUGGCAGUGCCAGAACGUGCACAGAUCGGCGCUAGGCACCUGAUGGUGUUCGGACCUACUGCUGCCACGGCUUCGCUACUUCUGCAAGAAGAACUGAAGGAUCAGCCAGCAACGGUGAUUUUUGGGUCCUCGUUUCCAGGGGACAAAUCCGUAGCGGCGAUAUAUCGCGAGAUUGCCCACAUCAAGCAGGCUAUGGAAGUGGGCGGAUGCAGCAUGCUUGUGCAUGCGGAGGAUGUCUACGAGUCCUUAUACGACAUGCUCAACCAGUUCUACACACAGGCCUUGGGGCGAACACUUUGCCGCUUG